AGCCAGAAACUGUAAUGAUGGGUCGGCAGAGCGGGGAUCCAUUUGCAAGCUUUUAUUAAGAACAGUAUUUAUACAGGUAGACAGGGGCAAAGGCAGGAACAUAAACAAGGACAGGCAAUGGUCGAGGCAGGCGGCAGACAAACAGAAUCAGGGUACAGGCAAGGAUCAGGGCAGGCAGCAGAGAAUCACAAAGAAUAAACAGUCCAACGGAAACCAGGAAACAGUCCACAAGAAAACGCUUAGUAAUGAUCACCGGGGCAAAUCAAGACUUCGCAAAGGGUGUGUGUGUGUGUGUGUCUUAAAUAGUCCAGGUAAUGAUCUGCAGGUGUGUGUGGCAAUUGGUGAUUGGUGCAUGUGAUUGGAAGGGAGGAUUAUGGGAAGUGGAGUCCAGGAACUGACAGGAACAGACAGUGAUCGUGACAUAACGCCCCCCUUCCGGAAGGCGCGUCCUCGCGGCGUAAAUGGCACAGAUAGGGAGGGGGGGUGGGUACAUUGGAGACCUGUUGGCAGACGGGAACGGGGUCUCCAAUGCAGGUCCAGGAACUCGGGCAGCCACGGGGGGUCAGGUGCCACGGGCAGCCACGGCGGGUCAGGUGCCACGGGCAGCCACGGCGGGUCAGGUGCCACGGGCAGCCACGGCGGGUCAGGUGCCACGGGCAGCCACGGCGGGUCAGGUGCCACGGGCAGCCACGGCGGGUCAGGUGCCACGGGCAGCCACGGCGGGUCAGGUUCCAAGGGCAGCCACGGCGGGUCAGGUGCCACGGGCAGCCACGGCGGGUCAGGUGGCUUGGGCAACCACGGCGGGUCAGGUGGCUUGGGCAACCACGGCGGGUCAGGUGGCUUGGGCAACCACGGCGGGUCAGGUGGCUUAGGCGGCCACGGUAGGUCAGGUGGCUUGGGCGCCCACGGUAGGUCAGGGUCCGUAGCCGGCCACAGCAGUUCACAGGCGGUUGAAGGCCGUGGGCGUGUAAGGUCCCCACCCGCAAGCUCAAGCAAUUCGGAGGCCGCUGAUGAUCGCGGCCGUGCAGGGUCCCCACCCACAAGCUCCCCACCCUCAGGUAUAUGGCCCCCCCCCAAAAAGUUCUUGGGGAAUUCAACGGAGGCCGUGGCGGUUUCGUGGGUAAGGAGCUCGGGUGGCGCCGGCAGGGCGAGGAGCUCGGGUGGCGCCGGCAGGGCGAGGAGCUCGGGUGGCGCCGGCAGGGCGAGGAGCUCGGGUGGCGCCGGCAGGGCGAGGAGCUCGGGUGGCGCCGGCAGGGCGAGGAGCUCGGGUGGCGCCGGCAGGGCGAGGAGCUCGGGUGGCGCCGGCAGGGCGAGGAGCUCGGCGACGGCCUCCGUGGCCGUAUCAGGAAGAGCGGGCUGCUCUGGGACGGCAGCGGACUGCUCUGGGACGGCAGCGGACUGCUCUGGGACGGCAGCGGACUGCUCUGGGACGGCCUCCGGGCCUACAGCGGGCUCUGGGAAGGCCUCCGGGCCUACAGCGGGCUCUGGGAAGGCCUCCGGGCCUACAGCGGGCUCUGGGAAGGCCUCCGGGCCUACAGCGGGCUCUGGGAAGGCCUCCGGGCCUUGAGGGAUGGAGGAAGCCUUCUUCCUCCUCCUCCUCCUCCGUUUACAUGGUUGAGGCGGUGGCUCUAUGCCUACCUCCUCUGAGGGCGCUGCAGCGGGCUCACGGGUUGGAGCGGACUCGCGGACUGGAGCUGGUUCUGGAGUGGACUCACUGGCUGGAACGACCCCUAUGUUCCCAGACACUGGCGGGGCGGCCAUCUUGCCCGUGGGCACUGGCAAAGCGGCCAUCUUGUCCAUAGCAUCCAGAGAAUUUGAGUGCGUCGCAACCGGCGAGCUUGAGUGCGUGGCAACCGGCGAGCUUGAGUGCGUGGCAACCGGCGAGCUUGAGUGCGUGGCAACCGGCGAGCUUGAGUGCGUGGCAACCGGCGAGCUUGAGUGCGUGGCAACCGGCGAGCUUGAGUGCGUGGCAACCGGCGAGCUUGAGUGUGAAGCGGCCGGCGGAGGCUUAGGAAUGCCAGCCGCUCGUACUGAAGUCAGCGCUGGAUCAGCCACACUGGAACGCAACCCACUCCGCUCCCAAACAGAUCCAGAGACGUGAUGUAAUUCUAGAGGAUCAACGGAGACUUGACUUGGCUCUGGAAGAUCAGCGGAGACAUGAUGUGAUGAUGUUGUGGCCGCCAUUUUGUGCAGGCUCUCUUUAGAGGCAGCCAUUACAUGGGGGGACGAGGUGUCGCGUUCCUCCGCGACACCCACAGUAAAAAGUGAACCAACAGUAAGCAGGGCAAAGUCCAGAAAUUCCACGAACGACCCUCGGGGACCAUUAAUAAGUAAGUAGUCCUUCAAUGGUUCGUUUAAUCCAUAGCCAAAGAAGUCAAUGAGGGCACAGUCAGGCAGGUCAGAGAAAUAGGCAAUGUCUAAAGACUUCUGAAUGUGGUCCUCGAGUGUACAAUUACCUUGCCGAAGGCGGACGAGACGUAUUGCUGGGUCCAUGCUAAGGCUGGAAGCGCUCGUAGAAGCUGCUGGAUCGUUUGAGGGCGAAGUCUUCUGUAAUGAUGGGUCGGCAGAGCGGGGAUCCAUUUGCAAGCUUUUAUUAAGAACAGUAUUUAUACAGGUAGACAGGGGCAAAGGCAGGAACAUAAACAAGGACAGGCAAUGGUCGAGGCAGGCGGCAGACAAACAGAAUCAGGGUACAGGCAAGGAUCAGGGCAGGCAGCAGAGAAUCACAAAGAAUAAACAGUCCAACGGAAACCAGGAAACAGUCCACAAGAAAACGCUUAGUAAUGAUCACCGGGGCAAAUCAAGACUUCGCAAAGGGUGUGUGUGUGUGUGUGUCUUAAAUAGUCCAGGUAAUGAUCUGCAGGUGUGUGUGGCAAUUGGUGAUUGGUGCAUGUGAUUGGAAGGGAGGAUUAUGGGAAGUGGAGUCCAGGAACUGACAGGAACAGACAGUGAUCGUGACAG